AUGGCUUCUGCUUCUACCUCCCCCACAUACUUGGGCAGUUUCGCUGACAACCUCAAAGCUUCGGAAACGGAGCAACUGAAAAUGGACCACAGAGGUAUUGACCGCGCAGUCGCCCCCUCCGACAACGAUAGCGGCGAACGCCCCGUGCGACAGCAGCUCAAGGAGACUAACCUCGACGCUGUUGGCGAAAACAACGAUUCUGCACGUGCAAACCGAAAGCGCUACCUCGACAACACAGAUGGGGCAAACGACACACCCCCAGCCAAGCGAUCCCGAGAGUGUACUCCGAACACCGCUGACACUGAAGACAACUCCUAUCACGCCGAAUUACCCAAGGAUGCCACUACCCAAGAUGUGAGUGACGAUGUGCCGGCCACAUCAUCCGCGAACAUUGCGGUUCGCAAUACACCCUUGUCCCGCAACCCGAUCAUGAGCCUCAUCACCGAGACCAAGAUCCAAUUUCCCUUGGAGCUUGAGAUCAAGGUCUCAUUUGGCGGAUCCGAGCAAGUUAGCCAUUUGACCAUUCCUGUUGAGGUUGGUAUCAAGGUGACAGCUGGAGCGGUCACCUUGGCUUCCUCGACUUCGAGAUCCGCUGAAGGCGAAUCCUCCGAAAUCCGUGACACCAUUCCUUCUGCAAAGCCUAUUCCUUCAUCUGGAAACCCUUUCCCCGGACACCCUUCCCCCGGACACCCUUCCCCCGGACACCCUUCCCCCGGACACCCUUCCCCCGGACACCCUUCUCUUGAGAGCCCUUCCCGAGUGCACCCUUCAUCUGAAUCCUACAUACAUGAUGAUUCUCCAUCUCACACAACUCAAAACCCCGAGUCAAUUGGAGAUGAAGACUCUCUACCUGACUACUCUUCUCCUUCACCCUCUCUACCUGACUACCGUUCACCCUCACCCUCACCCUCUCCGCGUCCUGUCCCAUACAGUCCAACGCACCCCUAUUACCCUAGACCCACGGUUGGACAACCUGAUUCUAACCACUCUCAAUUCCCACAGAAUCUUGAAUCGACCGCCGGCGGAAACGAGGAUGAUUCUUCACAAACCCUCAAGAAGAAACGGAGCCGAGAACAACUUGAAGAUGACGUCUCACAGAAUUCCCACGCUGCGACUGACCCCACGCCUGGCUUGACUGAGACAACUUCAUCAGACGAAAAAUCCACUACCGAAGGACAACCCGAGAAGAAGAGACCUCGUGACAAUUCGGAGGAGCGCAAGGCCAAGGUGGACCAGACUUUCACUACGAGUGCAUUCGGAAAGGCUGCUACCUCACCUUCACCCUUUGCAAUGCCUGCAAAUAAAUCACCAUCUGAUGCUUCAACCGGUCGUGCCUCAACUGCUGGUUUCGGUGCCCUCGGAUCCGGCUUCUCUGCAUUUGGCAGCGCUUUCCCUGCUCCCUCUGGUAAACUCACCAGUUUCGCAUCUCCCAAUACCCCCGCCGCUUUCCCUGGGACAGCUGGUAAAUUGACCAGUUUCGCAUCUGCAAACGCCCCUGCCAGUUUCUCUGGAACAGCUGGUAAACUCACCAGUUUCGCAUCGGCAAACGCCCCCGUCGGUUUCCUUGGAACAGCUGGUAAACUCACCAGUUUUGCGUCUCCUAAUGCCCCCGUUUCUUUUGGCGAGCCCAGUGACAAGACCCUCGGCACAAAACAACCCGACAACGAAGAAAAGGACAACGAACCAGCGGGUGGACCCGAUGACACCUUUGUCGCCGAGAAGACCGACGAGCGUUUCCACGCACAAACUGGUAUGGAUCCCUCCUUGCCCCUCAUGACCCCGAAUAUGGACAGUCGCUCACCCCAUGACAAAGUUGAAACCGGCGAAGAAAAUGAGACCACCGAGUUUACAGCCAAGGGCAAGCUGUACUACUUUGAUGACAAGAAAUGGAAGGAGCGUGGUACCGGCACCUUCAAGGUUAACCUCAAGACGGAGCCCGAUGGAAAGAAAUCCGGCCGCGUUAUCAUGCGCGCCGAUGGUGCCUUGCGUGUUAUGAUGAACAGUGCAAUUUGGAAGACCAUGCCCUUUGGUGAUAUCAAGGGUUUUCGCCCGACCACUCGGGAUAUCUAUCUCGCCAGCAAUGAAGAUGACAAGGUUGUGAGCCAUCUUCUCCGGCUCGGUAAUGAGAAGCAGGCCGGUGAGCUUUUCGAUGUACUGAAGGAUGUCAUUGAGGAGAUUUGA